UUUGCGUUUGAACAUAAUUGGCGGACUACAUAGUCACUAGUCAUUGUACUGGAUCGUAGAUGUACGAGUACCUAGACAGCAAGAGGCAAGACUACUACAUGACUUUGUAGGACUACUAGUAGUUCAGUCAGUAACACUCACUGGAGCAGUGCAUUGCCUGGUGUUGGCCAUUAGGUAUUUCUGGUAUUUGCAGAUUACUUGUAUGGAGUCGACCCUGGUAGUUACAUAGAGGAGAGUCGUGUUUUGCUAAUCGGUUGACGUUCGUUAGCUAGCGGUGUUUUGAUCUUACUCGUACAAACUACCCCAGCGUAGCGUGCACUGUGACGAGCAAGCUGUUCAGUGUACUGGACAGUCAUAUGGAAGAACCAUACAAGGUCACUGAGAUAGCUCGCCACAGCUAGUCACUAUGGACGCUAAAGCCCUCGCUGACCAUCUAACCAACUUCUACUCUGGAAAGGCAGCAGCACGUCGACUCGCCGAUGAUGAAGUUGCGGCAAACGUCAUGUGCAGGGUGUCCAUGGUACAAAGUGGUACUGUGCCGACAAGGCUGAGUGAGGCAUCAGGACGGCGCACGGCGUUCGUUGCCGGCCGAGAUACUGCCUGCCGCGUUCUGCCGUGCAAGUCACCGUAUGAUGUCCUGCUCGCCCUCGGUCUAACACGCGAGUUCAUCACCCUCAAGAGCAAGCUGUUCAGUGUACUGGACAGUCAUAUGGAAGAACCAUACAAGGUCACUGAGAUAGCUCGCCACAGCUAGUCACUAUGGACGCUAAAGCCCUCACUGACCAUCUAACCAACUUCUACUCUGGAAAGGCAGCAGCACGUCGACUCGCCGAUGAUGAAGUUGCGGCAAACGUCAUGUGCAGGGUGUCCAUGGUACAAAGUGGUACUGUGCCGACAAGUCUGAGUGAGGCAUCAGGACGGCGCACGGCGUUCGUUGCCGGCCGAGAUACUGCCUGCCGCGUUCUGCCAUGCAAGUCACUGUAUGAUGUCCUGCUCGCCCUCGGUCUAACACGCGAGUUCAUCACCCUCAAGUGCGAGGUGGACAAGAAUGAUGCAUGGCUGUUGCUCUUCCAGGCCAAGAUUGUCGAAUGCGAUGACAGUCAUGGUGCUGCUCUUGCCCAGGCUAAUCCACAAGACGUGCCCGAUGACAAACCCGCAGACGCGCACUUGCCGAAGUGCGUGCCAGCAACGUGGAGUGGUAUCGUGGAGCUUUGCCGCCAGUUCUACCACGGUGCCGUGCCUGACGUGAUGCGGCAUCUGAGCGAGUUCCGUGCGCGCUCAGUUGCCGAUUACGAGAAGGCGCACGGCGUGAAUUUUCUCUCAAUAAAACGAUCGCCCAGCCAGUUAAUGGACUAUAGCAGAUUCAUGGCACUUGCAGCUCCUCGCUCGGCCUGGCAAACGCGUCUUUUUCUCUACUGUGAAUUACGCCUCUUGGAGCUCUUCACUGGUCAAGGGUUUACGAAGAAUGAGUCGGAUGCUGUCACAGUGGGAAAUGAAGACCAUUGGCCGUGUCUCCGAGAAUACGUGUGUGAAAAUGCCGAGCUGGCCACACAGCUGAGCUCCGGUACGGCAUCUCUGGUCAAACUGCAAGUAGUACUGCCGGAUGAACUGCAGUAGUAAUUAUUACAAUGGUGAUGUUUGUUUGAAAAGGGUUUGCUCCCCACACUGGAGCUCAUGCUACUAGUAUUUGUUUGUUUGUUUGUUUAGCUUCAUUUUCUUUCACCAUAGGCACAGGAGAAAUGCCUUCUCACUGGGCGUAUUGCCACAGUUCUCGCAAAAUGAUGGAGAUGUUUUUUUUAUAUUCACCUUGAAGCUGAUUUUGAAGCAGUGAACUCACUUGAUCGUCGUAUCAUUAUUGAAGGAGCCAGGUCAGUUGGUAUGAUGAGAUGGCACCUUUGGGCUAAGUUAAAUUAUAGUACAGAAAGGGACCAAGGAAGUACGUUGUAUUUCUCGCCGGCCGAGCGCAGCGAGAUAGGCGAGAACUGAUUUCUCGCGAAAUAUUUUUUGUUGCAAAUAUGGCAUCUGGUGUGUUCUUUAUUGUCGCUUCUUUUCCUGACUUCUUCUGUCAGUUUUGAGUCUUACCAGUGUCCCUGCCCUCCCACACUUCAUUUAUGUGCAUAUUAUCAUUGCUUUUUAUCACUUUUUGCCGUGAUGUGCUUACCAUGCCUACAUGAUGCCUAAUCGCCAUUGGGGAUAUACACCCGGUUUUUAUCCCUCACAACUGUGUACGGCGGCGCGAGGGUUUUUUCCCGGCUGGCUCGGUUCAGAAAAAUUAAUCUGACGGUCCCAAGUGGUUCUGAAUCAUGGCCUAUUUUUGCUAUCCACUGGCACGCCUAUUCUAUCUGAGACACUCUGUUCUCAGUCCUUGCUUCCAUACCUCACUCAUUAUCCGGUUCACAUCUGGCUUCGGCCAACUACCCUUCA